CGUUCAUUCACUCACCAGUCCCGCUCCGCGCGCCGUGGUAUUAGUACGUGUUUACUCCACGGUCGUUUUACGUAAACUCGAUAUUGUUUGAAACAUACGCUCAGCUGAUCUGUGACAAUAAGUUCCUAAACCGGCUACAACAACAAAACGAAUAAGCUACGUUGUGAACUCUUGUGCGUCAAGUAUAAACCGGACUGCUAUCGAAAAUAUCUCAACGUUGAAUGUAAAAAUAUACGGCGUCGCCUGAGAGCCGUCGCACCGCGUGUGACUGAUCGAUAUUUUAAAUGAUAACAUGGAUUCAAUUAGGUGUUGUUUAAGACGACGGUGAAGUAAAUAGUGUGUAUUGUGUGUGUGUUGUGUGGCGCAGCGUCGUCAGCCGCCUGGCGCCCGAACUGUGUGUAGCGGUAGAUGCGGUUGUGCUAGCGACAUGACGAUGUGGUUGUGGUGGGUGGUGGCGGGUGCGCUGGCGGCGGGCGGCGGCGCCCUGCAGCCGCGCUGCCAGGAGAUCACCAUCCCCAUGUGCCGCGGUAUCGGCUACAACCUCACCUCCUUCCCCAACGCGCUUGACCAUGACACGCAGGAAGAGGCCGGCCUAGAGGUCCACCAAUACUGGCCGCUUGUGGAAAUCAAAUGUUCAGCUGACCUGAAGUUCUUCCUGUGCUCGGUGUACACGCCCAUCUGCAUCGAGGACUACGCGAAGCCGCUGCCGGCGUGCCGCAGCGUGUGCGAGCGCGCGCGCGCCGGCUGCGCGCCGCUCAUGCAGAAGUACGGCUUCCAGUGGCCCGAGCGCAUGGCGUGCGAGCGGCUGCCGCGCGCCGGCGACCCCGACCAGCUGUGCAUGGAGGAGACGGAGCGCGCGCGCGAGCCGCCGCCGCCGCCCGCGCGCCGCCCGCCGCGCCCCGCCUGCUCCGACCCAAAAAACUGCGCGGGCGGCGCGGCUGCGGGCGAGCCGCCGCCCGGCGACUGCGCCUGCGCGUGUCGCCCGCCGCUCGUCAGCGUGCGCGCGCUGCACAACGCAAGCACGCUGGCCGGCGUGCCCGCCUGCGCGCUGCCCUGCCGCGGCGCCUUCUUCACGCGCGAGGAGAAGGAGUUCGCGGCCGUGUGGGUCGCGCUCUGGGGCGGCCUGUGCGCCGCCUCCACGCUCAUGACUCUCACUACCUUCCUGAUCGACUCCCAGCGCUUUAAGUACCCGGAGCGGCCCAUCGUGUACCUGUCCGCGUGCUACUUCAUGGUGGCGCUGGGCUACCUGGCGCGGCUCGCGCUCGGCCACGAUGAGGUCGCCUGCGAGGGCGCCUUGCUGCGCACCUCCGCCAACGGCCCGGGCGCCUGCACCCUGGUUUUCGUGUUGGUGUACUUUUUCGGUAUGGCGUCCUCGAUAUGGUGGGUGGUGCUGUCCUUCGCGUGGUUCCUCGCCGCGGGCCUGAAGUGGGGAAACGAGGCUAUCGCAGGCUACGCGCAAUACUACCACUUGGCCGCCUGGCUAAUCCCAGCUGCGAAGACGGUGGCCGUGUUGCUUGCCGGCGCGGUGGACGGUGACCCGGUGGCUGGCAUUUGCUAUGUCGGGAACUCUUCACCUGAAAACCUAAAACGCUACGUGCUCGCUCCCCUGAUCGUGUACUUCGCGCUCGGUGCAACAUUUCUGCUAGCCGGCUUCGUGUCGCUGUUCCGUAUUCGUUCGGUGAUCAAGCGGCAGGGCGGCGUGGGCGCCGGCUCCAAGGCCGACAAGCUGGAGAAGCUGAUGAUCCGCAUCGGAGUGUUCAGCGUGCUGUACGCGGUGCCGGCGGGCGUGGAGAUCGGCUGCCUGGCGUACGAGGCGGGCGGCCACGCGGCCUGGCUGCGGCGGACCGCGUGUGGCGCGGCGUGCGGCCCGCGCCCGCUUUACUCCGCGCUCAUGCUCAAGUACUUCAUGGCGCUGGCCGUGGGCAUCACGUCGGGCGUGUGGAUCUGGUCGGGCAAGACGCUGGAGUCGUGGCGGCGCGUGUGGCGCCCGCGCCCCCCGCCGCGCCCUCCGCGCGCUCGGGGCAGCCGCUGUCGGACUACGGGCCCGUCUAGUCAGGCCGCGCCGCAGAGACCUGGUGCAGUGCCGCGAGUGACGCUGUCGCCGCCGCGUGUCGCGUCUAGUCCUAGUGUAUCGCGACGCACAACAUAUACGUAACUAGUGUUAAGCCGAGGAGCGGCCGUGGCGUCGGAUGCCCGCUGCCCGCAAACUGUUCAUCCUGAAUGUUCUGUAUUUAAGCGAAACUGACUGGUGUUGCAAAGUUCGCUCAAAUAAGACAAUAUACUUUCUCUAUGAGACGUAACAACUUUUUAAGUGACAUCCGAGUUAGUAAAAUACUUCAUUAUUUCAUUCCUAAUAUUACCUCACCAAUCACUGCCAAUUUCAUACGUUUGUAUUGAUAGUAAUGGGGUAGUUUACCGCUCGGCACUGACUAGUGUACAUGUAAGAAGUGGGCGCCCGUCCGGCUCACCAUCACGGCCGCUACUAUAGUAUCCGUGUAUCUCCUCUGCCCGCGCGUGUUGAUGAGUCGCGGCCGCGCGCCGAUGUUGUUCUGUGACCUUAGACCCGUAGUGUGUACCGAUCGCAUUUUGAGCAUUUUGUAUCUAUUGUAAUGAUCUCUGAUGUCAUAUUGUAAAUAGAAUCCUAUAUCAUUUCUUCCCUAUAGUAAGUAGUAAGAUGCUAUUUUAUAGUUCUACUGAUGUAUUUCUUUAACUUCAGUUAUGUUACUGAAAACUUGUAGAAAAGACAAUCCUAGUGAAAAUACCAAUCUAAUAAUGUAUUUUUCUUUAUUAGUUUUGUAUAACUCGAUACUAGAUGGCAUUACACGACAAGAUACUGAAAAGCCGAAUCAACGACUGGUGUGGUAUAACGCCAUCUAUUGUCGAGUAGGUAUAACUUUUGUAUAUAAUUUUAUUUGACGAAUGCCGAAUAAUCUAGAAGUGAGUAAGAUGUGACGAUGAUAAAAUUGUAUUUUGUGCAAUGGUAUAGUAUAUUCUUACUUAAUUGUAAAGUAACUAAGAUGUAUGAAAAAUUGUAUAUUGUAGCCACGGACGCCGCAGCCGAAACCAUAAAAUUCAUUAUGUAAUUUAUUUUAUAUCUAACUGUAGAUAACAAAUAAAGCGACUUUUUUAUGUACAAA